AUGCUAAAAGCAAUCGUUUGGGAAAAUUUUGUCCAUUUUAAAGAUAAAAAUGUUAUUUCCUUUAACACUUGUCUUAAUGAAACAACUCCUCAAGGUGCAGGAUCGAAAACAGGCACCGAAAGCAAAGACACUGAUGCCAUGAUUUUCAAUGAUCUUAAUAUCUUCGUUGGGGCAAAUUUUUGUGGAAAAAGUACAGUGUUAGAGUUAAUAAGAAGAUGCAUGACGGAUGAAAUAAAUGUGUCCGAAACAAAACCAUUUAAUGCAAAGGAGGUUGCAUAUGCAUUUUGCCAAUUUAAUUUGGAUUCGUACGGCUUUGUUAUCUCUGGAAUAAUCAAAGAGUCAUGCAAUGGUGCUGAGUAUAAAGUUUUCAUUUACAAAGACCGAAAUGGAACGUUUUUGCGUUCAAAGGCGUCAGACAACAGUUUUACUUUCAAUGGUUUGGUUCAUGCAGCUCAAGAUAAGAUUGAAAUCAAUGCACUUCUAAAUACGCCAGCUAAUGCUAACAUACCAAAUCUUCUUCGAUUGAUUAAAGAAAAUAAGCAAAGAAACAGAAUUGUUGGUUGGGCUUGUCGUCUUUUUACUGCCAUUAAAAGUAGAAUAUUGACCAAAAACAACGGACCAAGCUGGAAAACUAUCGAGGAAAAAUAUAUCGCUACAUUUCCUUUAAGGGGCAUUGGAAGUGUACAAUGGACCAAAAGUAGGAAACUCGGAAAAAAGCAUAAGGCAAGCAACUACAAAAUCGCAUGUGAACGAGCAGAAGUAAUAUCAACACUUUUGUCGGAGAAGCACAAGCAUCACAUUGAUGAAGAAAACGAGAAACAGAUUUUUAGAUACAUUACAUAUCCAGAGGUAUUCACAUUUAAAGAAGAUAAAGGGGUAAUUGUUGUUCAACAUGACAGCGGUUCAGAUGUUCCUUUGUUGAAGAUAUCAGAAGGAAUAAUAGAAGCCAAAGUAACAUCUUUGCUACUUGCACACAAAGACAUUCAAACGCUUUGCCUAGAAGAACCUGAUCGAGGAAUGCACCCUCAAAUGAUUGAGAGGUUAAAGAAAGAACUGUACAAAGCAGCAUGUAGCAAGACAAUAAUUGUUGUAACACAUAGUCCCUAUUUGAUUGACACCAUUACCGUAAACAAAACACAUGUUUUCGUUCGUGAGCUUGACGAAACAACCGAUUCCUACGUUUGUUCCGUGAAAAAUGUUGGGGAAAAUAAAGACCUUAAACAAGUGUCCAACAUUGAAAUUCGGAGAACCUUAUUGUUUGCAACCAAAGUUUUAAUAGUUGAAGGACCAACUGACAGGGAAGUUGUGCAAGGUAUAUUUACCCAAAUCACACUGAACAUUCUUAAAGAUGUUAAAAAAAGAAACUAUUGGUCAGAAAAUGAUUUAAGUGCAUAUCAAAUUAUUUCCAUGAACGGCUGUGACAACACAGAAAGUAUACAAGCCUUUUGCGACUUCAUAAAUCUACCGUGGUUGUGUUUAUGGGAUCUUGACAAAGUUGUUGUUUAUGAUAAAAAAACACAAAUGAUUACAUCUUUUAACAGUAAAUUAGUGGAUGGAGAGGAUUUGAAAGAUCUAAACAAGGAUUACAGUAACAAAUCUGUUGAUACUUUUUAUGAAUCUAUUGAAGAUUUUAAAAAGAUAUCCCAAAGAAAUACAUUCAUUUGGAAAUACGGUACACUGGAAGAUGCGAUAUUAAAGUCUGCUGCUGGAAGUGAAGAAACUUUUUUUUCUCAAAGAUAUGAGUAG